AACAGCAUAAAAAUAAAGUUUGAAUAUAUAUUAGAAAUAUCUAAAAUUAGAUACUAUACGAUUUUAGUAGAUAGUGAGAUUUUAGAAGAGUUAAAUCUUACGUACAGAAGUGCAGCUACGUAUUAUUAUUAUUAUUAUUAUUGUUUAACGUCCUGUGUCAGCCCGAAGGCUAUAUAA